CGGCGACGCUCUACUGAGACUCGCUGUGUAUUCGGUCGACAAAAUGGCGGAGUCUGCUGUGAAGAAGAAGCAAAUUUACAGCUGAUACUGACAUUUCCCUCUCAAUAUGGGGGUGAUUGAGAGGACGAGAGGGGUGGAGCGAGACGAGGACCAAGAGAGUGUGUAUACGUACUCCUCGCGCCCCACCACUCCCGGGGAUCGUAAAGGUCUGCUGGUGAGGUUUCAGCUAGUCAGUCGGACUCAGCCCUGCGUAGCAUUUCACUACAUGUCGGUCAAACUACAUAGUAAGCUCUCCGACAUCAGAAGGCCGAUCAACGCGCACUUCAAAACGUACUUCGACGGAGGCUUCAUUUUCCUGUGCAAAACCAAAGAGAUAAUCAAGGACAAGGAGAGACAGCUCACGAUAUUUGAUAUCCUCCCCAAGCUACCCAAUCUCGAAACAAUGGACAGUGAUAUGAGAAAAGGAAGGCAGCGAAGACUUCCCACCGACAACUUUAUGUACCCAGGCGUGCAAUACAAGGAGCUGUCAUAUGAUAUCGAUGGAAGGCGUCAUUUAGCGAUGUGUGCGUGCGUGGUUUUCCUGUUUGAGCGGAGUAAGGUCAGCCACUGGCCACCGGACAAACUCCAAGAGGAACUCAGUGCCGGCAUGCUAGAAGGUUUUAGCUUCAUUCCCAGUGAUAUAAUGUCUUGGAAGGAGAAACUUGUCGAGAGUCGGGCUACAACUAUCCAUGGUUAUGCCGCAUGCAACCAAAUGAAGGAGUUAAAGACUGCAAUCCACCAACUUCCUGAGUUUGUCUAUGUGCAGAACAUGAAAGAUCAGAGAGGAGCUGUGCCUCUCCAUUACGCCGCAGAGAAUGGACACCUAGAGAUAUGCGAGAUAUUGAUAGCUACCAUUGGUAAAGAUCUCAUUUAUCAGCAAGAUGUGAACCGAAAGACUCCUCUUCACUGUGCUCUGUAUAGGAGAAAGAUGCAGACUAGUGUAUAUCUCCUUCAGUUGAACUCUGACUUAAUACGACCAGAUAUAUAUGGAAAUACAUGCAUGGAUCUAUUACACCAGCAGUCUUCCAAGGACAUGGAUUUCAUCAUUUCAAAACUCCAAAUAGACUGCAUUGACGAUGUCCUCAGAUACCAUCUCGCUUGGUUCGCAUUGAAGAAAGGAGAUAUAAAAGCGUCCAGGAGAUUAACUGAGAGCGUUAAGCCUAGUGCUGAAGACAAAUUGGGAGAGAAUUUACUUCAUGUAGCGGCUGACAUGGGUGAUAGGGUGGUAGUAGAACAACUGAUUUCAAAUAAGUUUGACUUAUCAAAGAGAGAUGUAAAAGAGUAUUUGCCAUUCCACAGAGCAUGUGCCAAAGGAAACAAGGAAAUUGCAUGUUUACUUCUAUAUCCAGAUAUAGAAGAUUCUGAUAUAUGCAAUGGGGUAUCCCUGGCAGUGAAACAUAACUGUUACACGAUAUGUUCAGAAAUGCGUUUGAAGAAGCCAUCUCUGGUUAUGGACGAAAGCUCAGUGUGUACCAUUAUACAACACCUUGACACAAUGCUCAGCAAAGUCAGCAAAGAGGGAAAGAGCAGAGAAAAAGAACUGAAAGACUGGGAAAACAUUCUAAUGAACGUCAUUCCGCUGUUGCAAAAUGAAAAUGGUGUAUUGGAGACGUACGUAUACGAUUGUGCCAGACACAACCUAUCAGAUGCCCUGACACUGCUGAAGUCGAUCGGAGCAAGUUUCAACGACAGAGAUUUCAUGGGGAGAUCGCCAUUGCAUGAAGCAGCAGAGCGAAAUAGCGGUAAAGCUAUCAGUAUCCUUUUGAAAGAAAAUAUCAAUCCGAAUGCUGUUGACUGGAGAGGAAGUAGUGCACUUCAUUAUGCCUGCGCAAAAGGACAUUUGCAGUCCGUAAAACUACUCAUGGGCUCAAAUAAAAAUGUUGAAGCCGGCAAUCAAAAUGCAAGUGGAAGAACACCACUACUUGAAGCUGCGUAUUCUCGGAAAUUUGAAGUAGUACAGUAUAUGGUUGAUAGCCAUAUAAAUGGCAUCAACAUAACGGCUACUGAUAGCUCCGGCCAGUGUAUUCUUCAUCACCUGACUAGAAUGCCGGAAAAAGUAGUUGAUCUUGUCCUCACAAAAUACUCGUCGGUCGAAAAAACUAAAACAGGAAAAUGUUUCAAGAGAACUCUGUGGUCGGAUUCAGUAAAACACUCUGCUUGGUCUCGACACAUCCUUGUUUCUCGCUUCCGUGCAACGUGGUUAGACAAGUAUUUGGAAACAGGAAAAGUAUACUAUACGGACUCCAAGACUGGCGAGAAGUUGGAAGGACCUUUCAAUAAUGGAUUUCAUGUUGCGUCGUGGAAUUCAAGGAGCGACGUCGAAUCUUCUACAACUUUGAGCCUGGGAAAGUCACCGAAGAUGGAAAUCAACGAGUGUACGAGAUGCAAGGAUUUCGUAGGCAAGCUCUCGGCUUUUCGAGGACCUCACAGGUGUACAUUAGCAGGGAUCCGACAGCAUGAAGGAGAAGGUGAAAUACGCAGGGUGGUUCACAAAGCUUUUAAGCACCAUUUUGUUUUUCAGCAAGACGUCAUAUCGCCUGUAUUUAACGCCGUGAAAACAGGAAAUGUUGUGUUGGUAAAGAAAUUGUUGAAGUUUGACCCAGAAUACAUAAAUGAAACGGAUAACUUGGGUAGGACUUUAAUAGAACUAGCCAUUGAUCGAGGAUCUGUGAAAAUGGUACAAGUAUUGCUGGAGUUGCAACAAACGAAGCCGAAUCCAGGACUAGUUUAUAGAGUCCUUUUGCAAAAGAAAAAGAACAAGAACGACAAUACACGUAAGAUGUUACUUAACUCGCUGAUUGCUAAAGGGCACUUCAUUGACAAAAGGUUGGAGACAGGGAAAGUAAGUCACGAUGGCUGUUCAAUUCAAAAGGGUAAAUUCUGUCACAGGCAAUGCUACUUAAAGGGUUAUACUCCAUUAGAAGUUGUUGUGAGAAACAACGAUGAAGACUUAUUCAAGUUGGUUUUAGAUAAAUCAGGAAAAGGUAAAUCUGUGUCAUUAAUGUUGGCUGCUUACAAGGGACACCAUUCAAUGCUAGAGGCCAUAAAAAGGAAAAUCUCCUCUCAGAAGAAAGACAAAAAUGAGGACGAAGAUGAUGACGAUGAAAACAAAGAAGAGGACGAAAUGGACGAACGCAUUUUGCUAGAUAUUGCUUGUCGAAGUCCACAUAUCACUGUGGAUAUGAUAAAACUGAUAAGUAAACUGUAUCCCGAGAUGUUUGAACAAAACACACAAGGUACCCAGACAGAGCAUCCGGCAAAUAGGCGCUAUCUACAAUUUGAUAUACCGAAGCGGUCGUUUCCAGAAAUUACUUCGCUUGGAAAAAUUAUGUCAGAAGAGUAUGACCUAAAAAGGAGAAUAUUAUCUAAAUCCAAGAUAGAAGAUAAUGCUUGCCAACUAAUAGACGAAGGGAUAAAUCUGGGAAAGGUUUUCAUCGACACACAUUCCAACAAUAGCGACAACGACAAGUUCAUUCAUGGAUGCUGCGAAUGUUUGCUGAAAGCUAUGGAGGGAAAAUUCUAUAAAGUAGCAGAACGUAUUUUGCUAAAAGAAGCAUCAACAAUAUGGAAAUGUGCAAUGGAUUCUACACAUUGUCGAUUUCAAGAUUCCUUCAAAAAACGGAUGUUUAACCGAAAACUGAAUCACAUGCAUGAACCGCAAUAUAUAGAAUACUUGCUGUUGCUAGCAUGCUCCGAUGAAGCACCAAAGACAAUCCUUCAGCUCUUAUUACAACAUGGAUUUAAAGAAUUUGACAAAGACGCUGUUCCGCUGGAUGAUAUGGACGAAAUAACGAGAGCCAAAGUAGAAAAAAUAAAAGACCCUUUCCUCCAGAAGAUGAUUUACAUCACACAGUUAAUGCCUUUACAACGCAAAGGCAGGUCUGAUAUCUACAAGCUGGUGCAGUUGUUACCAAACAUGUUUGGUGUUCUCCAAUAUGUCGAUAGUAAACUCUUCAAACAGCCAAAGCGUUCAGAUGAUAUCGGCAGCUUCCUCCACACAUGCUGUUCCCUUUCUAGAAAUGGUCGAAGUGGGUAUGACACAAAGAUGGUCCACAAUAAGGUGGAGUAUAUACCUGUAGAGCUACCCGAAGGACUUACUCCCCUCCACAUGAUAUGUGUGCUGGACAACGUCGAUUAUGUGAAAGAAAUCGUCAAGUGUGGUACGGAUGUGGACAUCAACAUGGAGUCAGCCAACGGUAUAAGGGCGGUUGAUGUGGCAGCUGCGUGUGGAAACUGGCCUGUGUUCAAGUUCCUCCUCGAUAAGGAUGCUGAAGUAAACAGUAAUACCCUCAUUGCUUGCUGUGCCAAAGACAGGCAUAAAGGAAUACGCAUUUGGAUGGAUCGACUACACACAGUCCAUGGUAAGACUCUGGCCCUUGAGAAGCAUAGGCUGAAGAUCGCAAAAGAGCUAUGUAGCAGGAACGAAGUUAAUCCCUCAUACAGUUCUGAAUCAGAAGAAUGUCCUCUUGGUGCUGCCCUCCAGUCGAAGCUCUGGGACGUGGCCGAGUACCUAUGCACAGUGACCGCUGGAGAGGCACCGAUACUUAUGUUACAAGGCAUCAACAGAAACAGCAAACCAAAAUGGGCUUUGGAGGCGCCGAAGGAUCUAGUGAGGUUAAUAAUGGAGACUACGGGGAAGUAUCUAUCUUCUUCCAAUUCUGGGAACUCGUCUACUGUAAUUGCUGGACUAUCUAUUGUGCUUCAAACCAUCACAAAACGACAUGAUUUCAAGCUAGUAGAUAGUACAAUGAAACAACUUGAUGCGUUAAUUGCCGAUGACGGGAAAUGGCUAGAAAUUUGCAGGCAGUUUGACCAACACGGUAUGACUAUUUUCCACUGCUUGUCACAAAUCGGACAUACGCGUGGUUUAGAAGUCAUCUUGAAGCGUUUACAGACAGACGCUACCAGAAAAGAGGUAAUUAAUAAGCAUGAUUCAGCUGCUGCAUCCGCUCUUUGGUAUGCUCUUGCAAACAAACACUGGUCUACGGCAACACUUCUGCUCAUGUUAGGAGCGAACGGAUAUACCAAGAGGUCUGUACCUGACUUUGAAACUAAAAGACCAUGUUCACAAGAAAAGCAAAAUAUGCAGGGCAGAAUUGCGAGGAACGAUUCGGCAGAGACGUCCUUAUGUUUUGCUCCGUUAAGCACAUUUUUUAGUAAGAAAAAUGAUACUCCUCCUGAUACCAAGACCAAACCAAUCGAAGUUGCUCCGAGCCCUCGACUCUCAUCAAAAACUGACUCAGAGAAAGUUGCUGUUAAAAGACUUGUUAGAAUUGCGCAGUUGGCAGAUGUAGCAGGGUGUAACAUCAUACAUGCCGUAUGUGCUACAGGAAACUAUGACCUUGUACAGGAGAUCCUGAAAACGCAGCCAAACGCUUUGAAACAAAAGGAUGAUCGGGAUUACUAUCCAUUCGCCUAUGCCGUAAUUGGAGGAAAUGAAGCAAUAAUAGAGCUACUGAAAAAUGAAAUGACUGCUGAAAUAGCUGCCAAUUCAUUACAGCCCUAUAUUUGGAAAAUAGCAUAUUCAGAAAAAGACAAUAAGCUUCAUCGAUCAUUUACACAGCUCCUUGGACAAAUCAUAGGUGAUACUAAAACAUCUGACCUCUAUGAUUAUCAUCAUCAUCACAGAGCUCACCACCAUCAUAACUUCAAGACAUCUGAAGUUAAACUUUCUUCAUUUCGUUGGGGUGAAUUUUAUUCAAACGCUACAUGGCCAGACAAAGUGGAGACAUUGAAACUUUGCAUGCAGCAAGAUAAGGUACAGAACAACAGCAUUGAUCAAGUGAUGGAGCACAUUGAAGGUUUGCGUAAUAUGUUGUUGAGGUGGCAUUCUUCUGAUUCGUUUCUCUAUCUGAACCGAGAACAUGACAAUAUCUUAUCCGACGAGUAUGCAAAAUCUCUGCUUACCUUCCUCCUGAAUCAUAUCAAAGACGUCGAUUCCAUUAGCAUAUUGUCCCUUGUGAUGAUGCAGAAGGCAUGGAUAUUGAAAGAACUCCUUGAAAGCAACGCGUCUAAUACCGUAAUGGCAAUGAAAACCCCGCUACUGUUGAAAUAUUCCAUCGUUGAUUGCAUAUUCAUAUUUGCUAGCCCAGAAGAUGAACGGCUUUGUAGUGACGGAGUUAAUCAGCGAAAACUCGACAAGUACUUAAAAGAAAUGAUGAGCCGGUACAGCUUGAAUUUGUCGCCGGGCAUAGGAACGCUAGCGGUGAAAAAGGACCUUUGGGUUUUCCUUGAACAUGCCUUGUUUCAAAUAUUUGAAAACGAAGGAAGUCUCAGUGACGAAUGGCAUUCGAUUCUUGCGACAGGAGCAGAGCGUGGACAACUGCCGUUCCUCAGGUCAAUAUUGGACAAACUUCACAUACCAAGGAUGACACCCGACCAAAAGUCCUGCUUUACUGCGUAUCUCUGUCUAGCUUGUAGGGCAGGAAAGACUGAUGUUGUUAAGUACUUACUGCGGCACAACGUACCGACCGUCGGCUCAAUGGAUGAAUACCCAAUAUGUGAUAUUCUCGGAAAACGCCAUGAAAAAUCUUGGAACAUUUUACAAUAUGUGUUUUACGGCAAGUCAGAAAGUACACUUAAAGAAAUCUUGAGUGUUUUAAAAACCGAAAAGGAGUUUCUGAAAAAUCUUGAAAUUGACGAAUGCAUCAAGCAAAGUGGAAAGACAGGCCGUCCUGGAAUUGUACAUCAGAUGGCUCAAUUCUUUUCUAUGGCAAAAAACCAAUGUGUUCUAAAGAGGGACUGGGACAUAAUGCUGCAAACAGCAUCACGCCGGGGACAUGAAGAUCUGUGCAUUUAUCUUAUUGAAAAGCAGUCUGCAAACGAGACUACGUCUGAUAACUACAAUAUGUCUCCAUUACAUUACUGUGGCUACUAUGGAAUGGAAAAAUUGGCAGUGAUCAUCGCUGAAAGGCUACCAUCAGCGCUGGAGAGGACCGACAACCAAGGUCUGACCCCAAAAGACUACGCAAACUCAUUAGGAAGACCAUACUUAUUUAAGGGUUCCAGGCAAACUCUUAAACAGCAUGCAACUGAAUGUGACGGCUGGCUUAGAUGUCUUCUUACUGAAAACGCUCCUAAACAACAGGAUUCUACAGAAACAAUUUUUUCGCCGCAUGUUUUUGCUCAAAGAGAUCUUUCUUUAAAAAAUCUACUCCUGCGCUCCGACGAUCAUGCGUCCGAAAACAUCAUCAGAUGGUCUUCUCAAGAAUUCAUUCGACUGGCAGAGGAUGAACCACAACAAUGUGUCGAAUACUUCAUCUUGGCAGCAGCAUGUAAAUGCAACAAGUCCCUGAGAGCUCUAUGUGAUGUAUUACAAACUACGACGGACAGUAAGCAUAACCUUCAAUCACUCUUGAUGAAGGACGGACACCUGAGAGACAGACACGUAACAAAAUCGUUACAACGGAGACGUGGAAAUGGUCUUACGCCACUGGGAUGGGCAAUAUACUCUCAAAAUAUGGAAGGGGUUGAAAUUCUAAUGGAAAAGGAGGUAUGCCUAACAUGGAGAGAAACAUAUUCGCUGGAAAGUAUACUCCAUAUAGCAGUUAAGACGGGAAACGUAUCAAUCACAAAGCACGUGAACGAGAAAACAGACGGAAAGCUGAUAUUUGAGGAGGACCGACAAAAGGUAACCCCAUUAGCCAUUGCUGUUGCUCUAGGUCUGCAUCGGACUUUCAGGGUAUUGACAAAGAAUAAGCUGAAAUCACUCUCCUCGACUCAUGACAGGCAUGGAGGGAAUCGUAUGGACUAUGGAUGCGUUGAUUGUCUGUUAGAUAAUUGCAUUGGCUGGUCUAAAAACUACCUCAGUGGUGAUUCCGAAGCGACUUUACCAGAGGAGGAAGAUACGAGGAUCGUAUUUCAGAAGAAGAACAACAGGGGAUAUGUUUUGGAACAUAGGCCGUAUUCAUCACGUUAUCCCGGAAGAUUGAGCAAAAUACCUUACUAUGUCCGACAAAUGUGUACAAUAAGUGAAGACAAUAUGUCUUACCAACUGCACAAAAUUCACUAUAUAAGUGCUUUGGAUGGAUUAAGCAGCAAACUCGUUAAAUCUGCACUUUUCUCCAUGGGAUACAAAGCCGACGUGGAAACAAUGCAGUGGAUAGUUCUUCGAUCACUCACGGAUCCGUUUGAAGCAGCAAAGAAAGCUGUCCGAGCUGGUUUUAAGGAGUUAGCUGUGAAGUUUAUUCCACAAUUAAACGAUGAACAAGCCUUCGAGGUAUUUGAGACUGCAGCAGUUGCUGGGAAAACGUAUCUCAUUGAGCAAUGCCUGGAGCGAUUCAUUUCUCUAACCACUAAUGCCGCAGAGACGAAGUCAGUCAUCGAAUCUGCAGUGGCAUUUGGACAGACUGCUUUAAGUGUGCAAUUCCUUAAUUUGUUACGAACCUCGGGACACACAGAGCAGUUUGAUUCAUUCCGCCAAAUGUUUGAGGCUAUUCCACAGAAGAUUCUAUGGUUGAUGGGAGAUCAGAUUCCGGGGAAUGACCAAUGGAUUAAGGAUAUAGAGCAAAGUAAACGGUUGACGCUUCCUGAUGUGUGGCUUUCUAUGGAGGAAACCGAUCCACUGAGGUCGUAUAUUGAAGAAAGAAUCACUGUUGACAGCCUCCUUCCCGAAACAGUCAACGGGAAAAAGUUUGUUCCUGAUAAAGAGAGCUUUAGGAAAUAUCCUUACUUCAAAGAAAAGGGAGAUAUCUGGGUUGGGUGCUUCAUAGCUUCUAGUCAGAUAUUGGGCCAUGUAUACGAUUCAUUGAGCAUUGAUGAUCCAAGGGCAACAAUAAUAAACACCAUUAAAAUAACUUGCCUACCACCUGGAUCCUCGGAUCAUCCUAAGAUGAACAUCGAGACGAAUGGGAUGUUGAUUGAGAACAUUGCUGUUGCUAUCCAUAACGAAACGCCAGUAUUGCAACACGACCCCAGCUUCACUAUCCGUUCUAAGGAGUCUUCACUGAAGGACGUUAUCCUGACCGAUAUCAUACCCGCCAUGGAGGAACAGAUGGUGCGUGAAUUUGGAAUAUCUGUACGAAUUAGAGUAGAUUGGAGCUCCAUCGACGCACGCAAGCGAACAAGCGGGUCCGAAACCAUCCUAAAAGCACUGACCGGAGACAAUUUUAACAACAAGCUUGGAGGUCUACAAGAUGUACUGGAUGAUUGUACAGAAAUAAAAGACACCAUCAGGAACCUGUUUAAUGACGAGACCGUAACGCUAGCACUAAAACCAGUGGCUGAGAUGAAAUACAUAACGGUCACAUUCGUCGACAAUAUUUCUUCCCACGAUGGGCAAAAGAAGUCACGGUCCUCAACUCCAGACAGCAACGUCUUGUGGAGUUUUUCCAUGGAAAGGUCAACCAUGAAAUACGACAGGUCCACGUUCCCGCUUUGGUUCCAUUUAAACCGAUACCGAACUGCGAGUGUCGCAUUUUGUGACAGCAUCUACAGAAUAUCCCAUUUCUCUCCACUUGAUACUGAUUCACAUGUUAAUUGCUACAAAACCCGGAAAAAUCGACAGGUCACUUUUGAAUUGGAAUGGAGCUCAUUCCAAACUACAGACGAGAAAGCCUUUAUGGGUCUUGUCGGUCACGGGAUAGCAAGAGAGUUGCAAGUUAUGGCUUAUGAAACCGAAGCAAUGUUGCGUCUGACAAUGAGCAGUAAUCGUGUCACAGUAAAGAACUGUGCGUCUGCACUUUACACAGGCAUCAAUCUAGAUACCCAAGGAAAAGCUAUGACUGCCUCGGUUUAUGUUCACCAAUCUACAAAGAAAACUUGGGUGGUUGAAAAUGGCCGAACUGCCGCAAAACUUGGAGACUUAGAAGACAAACAGCUAAGUUGUGGAAGCUGGCAGAAGGACACCCAUUCAUUAAUUGAGGAACAGAUUGGAAACACCAGAAAAAUUGCACAGCAGAAGUUUGGCAUCAAUAUUGAUAUUCUUUUUGAUGAAAAAAGAGUGCUUGUCCCGUUACUUUCAAAGUGUAGAAGAGAAAUGCUACAUCCACACCAUCUCAUACAGCGAUCAAUGAAGGAGUUUCUACAACAAUUGAUCGUUGUGUAUGAAAAAGCCAUGUAUCAUAUGUUUUCUGGUCCACAUGCAUCGUAUUCGUUAUACAUGCAGAAACUUGACGUGCAAUCAGGGAUAUGGAAAGACUACAUAAAAAGACACGGAAAGAACUUCAAACAAAACAAAGGAAUAGUUUCAUGGAAAUACAAACCCGUUCCUAAUAAUACAAGCAGUGAAUACUACCCUAGUCAGACAUGCAUAGAAGACUACAACUACGCAAAUCACUUCCAAAUGGAGAAAGUGUCUCAAGAGGAUAUUGAAAACAAAGACACCGUAUCAAAAUGUUAUGAAUUGAUGUACGCAACUAGCAAGUUGAUAGAUAGGAGUCAUUCUGACAACGCUCAACACAUUCGCUUCGUGUCGUGCAACGGCAGUAUGUACGAGAUAGUGGACCACAAUGCUCUGAUGAGAGCACUCUGCAAACUGCCCACAAAAGCGGUGAUGGGUCACGAUGUACUAGACAUCCUUGACUUAUUUGGGUCUGAACGGCUAUUCAUCAAGCUGUUCCCCACACUUAUUGAGGAUAUAAGGCUCAGCAGCACGUCCAUCACAAUACCUGUCAUGUAUGACUUACUCUAUAGGACCAACUGUCUAUAUGCAGUUCAUCACAUACAACACAUUAUCAUCACCUGGGACGAGUUAUUUGAAUGUAAAAUCGCUAACAGGGAUGACAAUGUCCGAAACGUGCAGAGAAUCAUCAGAACUCUAGGAGAUACUCUGGAGAUGGCUUACAGAAAAGAAGGAUUACCAUGUGAUAUGGUAGAAAAACGUCACAAAGAGUCCAACAAAUCACUUAUGAAGAUAUCUAGUCUCCAUCUGACAAAACUCCCCGAGAAUUUCAAACCAGACGCCUCUGUUGUGAGGAUAAUACAACCGAAGGAGAAAGACCAGCCCCAUUUACAUUUGAGGUCGGGACACGCUUUGACAGUGGCAUAUCAGAACUUCCAGAAAGUUGGUGUGUUUCAUGAAAUCCUCCUAAUAACAAUAGUGCAUAUUCUGGAAGUAGAGGUGAAAACAUUCAUCGAAAAAGGCAUUGCCAAAGAUCCGGAAAAAGAUAAAUGGAGGAAGAAACAAUACGAUGGUCCAAAGCCUAAACGACCAGACCUGUGCUACGUAGAAAGUGUUCUACCUAGAGUUUUGUCUUGCUUAGCGGAUAUUAUCAACACCGCAGACGGAAAGGAAUUUUUAACAACACACUUCGUGGACUUCCAAUUUGCCCAGGCUGAAUCAAAUACUACAACGGUAGAGUUUGAGGAUGGGUGGUUGAUAUGUUCUCUGUCACCGGAAGACAUGGGUGCAAACGUCAACAUACUUCUUAUGACAGCUCUCAAAAGUCACAGGAGUCCGUCUCUUGUUCUGAAUUACAAUGGCUCUGGAGUUUACUUCACUUCCAAAGAAGAGAACACGAUAGAGGUGACAUCUGCGAAUAGACAGGGGAUCCUGCUUCAAACCAUGUGUGACAAAAGUUAUUUCACAGUACAUCUGUGGACUAAAGACCAGAAGAAUCCAAUACAUGUAAAACCUCACCAGGUUACGAUGAAUGAAAGUCAGCAGGCUAUCCAAAUAAAAUGGAAAAGUGAUGAUGACCUGCCUUCCAAUAGAAUGGGACACGCAAAACUCAUGUAUGGGAAUGUCUUGGUUGAGAGACAAAUAAAUACUUACUUUUGUAAGAAUAUGCAAGCGUCCACAGAAACGGUGACAAAGGAAAAUGGACUUCAAAUCAAAAAGGGCGGGAAAGUACUGGUCGUCGUUGAACAUGACUCCCAAUGCCAUGUGAAGGGAAGACAUAAUAAAACGGAUGUAAAUCAGAAAACUGAAGACAUUCAAAAUGGCAUCCGCAUUGUGAGUAGGGAAAAUGUGAACUUCCUCAUUAAGACAAAAACAAGGUCAUUUAAAAAGCCCCAUCUUCCAAUCGAAAUAAGAUUUGUAUCUGGAAAUGCGUAUGCUCAGUGCAUCAAACUUGUGUGUUUGGAUACAUCCAGGCGUGUACGUCUCCGUUCACGAUGUUGCAUAUGUGGUAGUAUUCUGAGGAUGGUAACACCUUCUGCUAUCAUUCCACCAGGAAAAGACAUGAUCAUCAACUAAUGAACUUUGACAAGCUUCUGAACAUGAACCUGUUUCCAUUCCUCUAGAAAGGGCCCGAUCACCAACUAAUGAAAUUGAACCAGGUGUUGAACUUUGACCUAUUCUAUUGUGAGGACGCAUUCCAAACGUUACAUAGCAGCAAACAGAACUUGUAAAUAUAUUGUAUCCUUUCAUUAUUCAAUCUGCUACAAACAUUGCACUUUUUAAUUCAUACUUUAUCAUUGAUUACAAUCAAAAUGUAUACAUACUUGAAGUUAUAUUCUCAGCAAAUAAUAUUCUGUAAUAAAUGUAGAUAGCAACAUAUACCUGCAGCUAUUGAGGACCAAACUAUAGCAAGCCUAUACAUACCAGUAGUAGCAUUUUGUACCUAUUUUUCCAAUUAAUACAUUAUUGCGUUUUAUAAAAGGAUAUGGCAUCCUAUGUAAGAAAUUACGCAAUAAGGUUGUACUUGUUUGACACAAUAAGUUUUAAAAUAUUGUUUUGUUCAUUUUAUUAACUUUUGGUUGAAUGUCAGGCCACUUACUAAGCUUGUUGUUGAAUAUGACUUUUUCCCCCUAACUUUUACAAUUGCAUGUAUGUGCAAAUGCAGUAAGUAGUUAUAUGUUGAUGUUGAAGUAGUUUUUUAAUUUAAUUGUAUUUUUAUACCUGCUUGUGUCAUAUUAAUUAUUUACUUGUACAUAAGGUACUGUAUAUCUCAGACAGAAGAAUAUGUAUAUUGUAUAUUGAAUUAAUCCUAUUUUACCAGCUACUAUAUUGUACAGAAAUAUCCACAUUAACUAGUUUUUGUUAAAAACAAAAAUAUAAGGUGUAAAUAAUAGUUUGAAGAAAUCAACUUUCUCUUAAAAUGAUCUGUGAUAUAUUUGACAGUUGAGACUUGUAAUGUAAAUUGUCUAUUAAUUAUACAUAACUAUAUUUAUUUCAAUUGAUGUAAAUACAUGUAUAUAAAUUUAUGAUUUUCCCUUUAUGCUAUUUUAAGAAAUACCAUUCAAUGUUUAUAAAGCCAUGAUGCUAUGAAAAAACUUUCAAUAUUUGAAUUUCAAUUUUUGCGUAUGAUUAACACGAAAUAAAAAGUAGUGUAAAUGAAAUGGAAAAAUAUCAAAAUAAGGUGUAUGAUUUACAUGUAACUAUCAUGAGAAGUCAUGAUAUGUAAGGAAGGGGACUGGAAGAGCUUGAUAUCAACAAAUCUCUUACCUUUUUCUGUGGUGAGAAGUCACGGAAAAAGAGCAUGCUGAUUCCAGGGCCCUAUUUGCAAGUAAUCCAAACAGGUGAAUCUAUGUUAUUUUCCUGUAAAAACCAAAAUUAUUCUGUUGAUAUUGUGUAUCAUUAUAUUUCCUGUAUGUAUUUUUUAUGUAAUUCUGAAGCAGUAUAAUGUUGUCAGGUUAUAGUCUACUACACUGUGAUACGUACUAUUUUUAUAAUUCUAGUUUUACCAUUUAUGGUGCCUUGUCUGUGAUGUUUUGUUUUUUUUUACAUUUGAGAUAGAAAUCUAAUAUGGUACGGAAACUUCAAAAUGUUUGAUGCUUUUAACUACAGCAUACCGGGACAUGUUUACUGCAAUGACAGAAGAAAAACACAAAGUAACAAACAACAGUGCUAGUACUAUUGAUACGCUGCUUAUUCAAUGCCAGAUCCAAGAUUUGACAGGGUUGGUGUUGUACCGUGCGUUAUGUUUUUGACUUAAUUGGAAUGUAUUAAGGAUAUGUAACCCCAGUCCUCCUGUAUCCACCAAUGUUAGUUUAGACUAUAUAGAAGAUGUUAUUCUUGGGAAAUUUAAUUUUUCAGUUGUUAAACAUAGUGCAAAAUUUAAGAACCAAUAAAUGUUUUUGCUUUUAUUGAUUUUCAAAUUAUAAUCUUUCUUUUAUUGAUUUUCAAGUUAUGAUCUCCCUUUAAGUACAUUCUAUGCCUUUUUAACUAGGUUAGAAUUUCCAAUAUAGAGUUAGCCAAAACAAACAAGUACAUUUUUAUUGGUGCUUGGGACACAAUUUUACUACUGAAUAAGGGAGAAUAAGGGAGCUUCUUUUUUUUAAACUUUUUAACUGAGCUAAUUUGUUCCGAUAUUGAGAGAACUAUUGUAGGCCAAUAAGAAAAAGCAUUUUUGUUCUUUUUUAUACAGUUUACUAGAAUUUAUAUGUUUUAUCGAUCAAAUUUAAUAUUACCUUGCCUCUGUUUUAAAUACAAAUGUAGAUACAUGUAGUAAGGAUACUACCUGAGCUGUCAAAAUUUACAUGUAAAUUAAUGGUGUGUAUAAUGUCUAUUGUAAUAUAAUGUCUUUAUCUGUUUACCAUACAUAUAUGAUAAAUAAGUAGUAGUACAUUACAAUGUCAAUGCCACAUGAGUUUGAUAUAUCAGUACAUGUAACCAUCAACUGGUAUAUUUUAUAGUGCAUAGGGUAGAUUGUUAAUAUACACAGUAUAAGAAAUAAUAUCCGCGUACAUAGACUGAUACAUCAAACUCCUGUGAACAGUUAGAAAUUUUAUAUUAGCACUACUUCAUGGUGACAAUGGCUGUAUAUUCUCAUCAUUUUGUAAAAAAACCAUUUGUACAAUUUCAAAUGAUUGAUAUUUCCACAAUUCAAUUUCUAUGUCGAAAGUCACCAUUUCAAUGUAUGUAAUACAGCUACAAGAUUUAUGACGUCCUGACUGAUCCUUUGGGUGGAAAGGAUAUUUUUCAUUAUAUGUUAACAAUUUUUUGUUUUCAUUAAAAAAAAUGACAAUCAAAAAAUGCAUCCAAUAGUUUUCCAUUUAAUUUGCAAAAUAGGAAAACUUUCAGAUAAUAUAUCACUUCAUCAGUUUUGCAUACUAUGACGAAAUCUUGUCUUUUCAUGUAAAAAAUUGUUACAGCUAUCAUUCAUAUUGCAAUUGUCUUUAUUUUCAUUAAGGACUUUUAAAAGUCAAUUUGAUAUGGUCAUAUGCAAUUUAUGUUGAUAACAUGUUUUGCAAAGACAACAUGAUUUCUAUAAAUGAUUAUUGGAGAGUUUGGCAAUUAAAAUCAAUGCAAUGACCAUACAGGUAUUUGAACCUGUAACUAAUUCAAGAUGAACACUUGAACCUAACUACAGCCUACCUGGUGAUAAGUGAUCGACUCUCAUUCCAGCCUCCACUAUAUGUCGGUAUACCUGGUGAGGUGGUACAAUGAUAUACUCACAUUUCCUCUCACAGGAAGACCUGUCACCACCUACCAUCUAGGCCAACAAGAGUGAUUUAUAUAAAAUGAUAUACAUUGUUUCAUAAUUAUUGUUGUAAAAAAAAAUGUUUAAAUAGAUCAUAUUUGUUGUCAACACAAGACAAAACAAGUCAUAUUUCAGGAUUACUGUAUGCAGAUACACACCUCCUCUGGCAAUAAAUCAGAAUAUAUAUUCAUAUUGAGUGUAUUGACAGACCAGGUGUGUGUACCUGUGUCAUGAUACUGUAAACUGGUAAACUUUUGUCACUUAAGCGGAAUAAGAAGAGAUUGAAUUUAACAAUGUAGUGACUAGUAUAGUACUACAUUGUACAACACUUAUAUAUGUACUAGGUGUUCAUUCUUAUAAAUUAUCUUUUCUGUGAGCAGGGCGAAUUUUAAACAGUGCAAACAAGUAUUUUCUUGUCAGAGGGCAAAACUUUGUAUAUAUAUAUAUAUAGCUAUUUCAUUUACUUAAAAAUAUUUGAUAAAUACAAAGAUAUGAUUUAAGAGGGAUUCACAAAUCAUAUCUGCAAUUGAAUACUGUUUUUACUCAUACUAAUACAUGUACUUGCAAAUUAAUAUCGUAUUGAUGCUAUAAAAAAUGCAUGUUGUAAUAAAUGAAGAUUAAUCAUAUACAAAUUAGAUGAUUAAAUCUCAUUUGUAUCAAUUUUUCAAACAUAUAUAAUAAACCUUAAAGGGGCAUUCCUUCAUUCGGACAUCAAAAACAUCCAAUUUACAUCCAAUUUCUAUUACAAUUUCUAUUGAUGAAAUUGAUAUCUGAACGUUUAUUAUACAAGUGUUUUUGCCUACAAGUAAUGCAAUUAAUGCCAAAAUGUAUAGGAAAAAAAAGCGUAUCUUAUACAAAUACUGCAUGUCUUUGACCUAAUUAGUGAUACUUUGGGUCAAAUUAAGAAUUUUCAGGACUUAAUACCCGAAGUACUUUGGUUUAUCUUCAGAGUAAAACUGCAGUAUUGAUGUAAAGAUAAUAACUUUUACUACUUUGAAAAAAUACAUACAUGUACAUUGUACUUUCCAAUAAAUUAAUUUUGCCGACCUAACUUUCUUUAAAUGAAGGAAUGCCCCUUUAAUUAAUUUUCAUUGAAAUCAUCAGUAUCAUAUAAAAACAAAUAUGUCUCGAAUUCGAUUGUUCUAUUGACUGAAUAUGUUUUGUGCAAAAAUAACGUGUUCUACAGACGAGACAAGUGUCUAAACUUGUGGAUAUUGGAUGUAAACUCACCAAUAACUCAACAAUAAACUCAGCGAUACUGAUGUCAUACCAUCAGUCCGAGACUAACUACUGACGCAUCUUCUACUUCAUCUACUGAUAAGGGUGGUAAAAACAAAGCUCUUUGGGAUAAUGAUUUAAUCAAUGAUUAAAUGAAAUAUUGGAGAUCAAUUAUGGCUGAAACUGUAAUGUUUGGUUUUUGUUGUUGUGGUAUGAUAUACUUCUAUAAAUGGUCAAACCUCUGGUUUAUCAGUUAAAUGCUAAAGAGAAAUUCUUUCUAGCUCAGUUGGUAGGAAGCAACCCUCUAGUAUUUUAACAAUUGCUCCCUCUACAGGACGGAACUUUUAAAAGUAUAUAUAAUUUUUUCCAACUGGUAAAGACAAUGAUUGACAAAGUAAGGAUGGAUAUACAGAGCUAAAAAGUUUUAUUAUUGUUCAAUGCCUUAACUAGGGAUUAAAACCAGCACAUAAGGAGGAGUUAGUCCGACAUUCUGCCAAAUGAGCUAAAGAGAAGUUUUCCCUUAACAGUUUUGUUGGAUGUGGCUUUAGUAGUUUAGCAGAGUUAUUGUUAUUACACAAGAUAUAUUAUGUUCAUUGAUAUGCUAUCUAACUUUAGAAUAAUCAAGUCUCUUUUAAAGUGUUAACAAUACUUAGUUGUAUACUUCAUAAAAUCAAAAUGAUCAAUAUCAUGACCUUACAAUAUAUGCAUUACCAGGACCAUGUUUCAUCAAUAAUAUGUGUUUUCCUUUUAACUAAUUUUCCAUAGGAAAUCAUUACACAAUUUUUUUCAACUAAAUUUUUUACUUAAAUCUAAUAAUGCUUUCCUGUAGGAAAAAAUUCAGUUAAGGAACAUUGAUGAAACUAGGGCCUGGUGCUCUUUAUUGGAUUGGGGUAAUUACUGGUGUAAGUAAUAUUGUAGAACUUUAUCAGAAAACAAAUUAAAAGCUAAAAAAAUAAUCUUUUUACCAGUAGUUAUCACCGACUGUAAUUGUCACAUUUCAUCGAGUUUCAAUGAGCAUAUUGUAUAAUUUGUCUUUUUGCUAAACCAUGAUUAAAAACAGGUAUAGAUAUUUUUUUCCAAAGUGAAACAUUCAAAUAAGAUAAGUAUGGAAUUUCAAAGUUUAUUGCAAGUUUAAACUGAUGAAAGAUCAUAUUCAAUACAAUAUUUGUUAAUGUACUGAGCAUCAAAGAACAAUUUCAGUAUAGUGGAGAUCUAGAUUCUACAUUCUAACAUAUUUGAAAUGAGCAAAAUUUAUUUUGUUGUAUUUUUAUAUCUAUUUUUACGUUUUUUUCAGUACGUGAUAUACUAAAUAUAAUUAAUAACUAUGAGGACCAACUUUCAAGUGUUUUGAAAUGAAGCCCAUACAAUCUUCUUAAAUUUCUUCAUUUAAUCCAAAGAGCUUGAUAAUUCAGUUCCAUUAAUUGUUUUAAAAUGUGUAAAUAGUGAGAUUUCCUUUCACACUUUUGAUUAAAAGGCAGGAUAAAGUAUUAAGGUCAAACUGUCCACUGUUGCAGUUUGUACAAAAUAUGAUGUCCAAGGGAGGUAACUAAAAUUCUGACUGUUUGCACAAAGUAAAAAUACAAGAUAAAUGAGAAAUAAAGAGAUUUUAUAGUU